CCAAUACAACACUGAAAUGGGAUGUGGCAGUGUGAAAUAAACAAAUUGUGAUCAUAGUAACAAAAACUACAAUGUGAUGUAGUGAAAUGUUUUUUUAACACAGAAAUUAAACAUUUAUUGGAUUUUACAAUAUUUAAGGUUUUGGGAGAUGGAUUUGAAAAUUGUAAAAGACAUAACUUUGGCCCAGUGGAUUGUACUAGUUCCUUUGUCUUUGAUGAUAUUUAUUACAAUUCAAUGGAAGUUAUACCAAAGGAGAAACAGAAAGAUUCUCAAUGUUGCUUCUAAACUACCAAUACCCAUUCCGUGUAACAUGAUUUUGGGCACUUGGUACAACCCACAUUCAAAAAUAUGGGUACCAACAUAUACUGGUGAAGAUUUUACAAACGCCAUAACAAUAUCCAUGAAAACAGCAGCUAAGCAACCCUACAGCCUGUUCUGUAUGUGGGCUGGCCCCAUACCAGUAAUAUUUGUACAGAAACCACAAGAUGCUCAGAUAAUACUGACCAGUUCUAAGGCACUAGACAAGGGGCGAGAGUACAGAUUUUCCCAAUUUGCUUUUGGUGAUGGUCUUAUAACUGCUCCAGGUGCUAAGUGGAAGAUAAGCAGACGCAAUAUGAACCCUAUAUUCCAUCGUCAAAACCUCAAUUACCUAACAAGAGUGUUUAAUCGCUCCAGUCAACAGCUGGUGGAGGAUUUAGCUAGUCAUGAUGAUGGGAAGGUGUUUGAUGUGUUUGACUCUUUGCUGAAGGCAUCUGUAUCCUCUGUUUGUAGUAUUUUAUUUGGCCUUGAAGGUCAGAACAAGAUGGACAGCAAAGAUUUUAAUCUUGGAAAUAUGAUCGUUUUUAAAAUAUGUCAGUUUACUUCAGAGAGAGCAUUCCGUCCAUGGCUGUGGAGUGAUCACGUUUUCUACUACCUCUACAAAAAUAAACUACAGGAACUAGAGAACAUGUGGGAUCAGUUUAUUAAUAAACCAAUGAAAGUAAUUGAAAAUGGUGAGCUUUUGACAGUGCCAGAAGCAUACAGUAACAUCAUAAAAGAGCACAAUACAUUCUCUGAAGUCGACUUGCAUGCUGAAAUGAAGACCAUCCUUGCAACAGGAAGUGACACAACAACUCUAGGCGUUAGCUACUGUCUGCUUCUGCUUGGAACUCAUCCGAAAAUUCAGGAUAAACUGUACAACGAGAUUACCAGUUUGCUGAGUUCAGAUAAUCAAGAUAUUACAAUUGAAGAUGUAAAUUCUUUGCAAUUCCUGGAUCAAGUUAUCAAAGAGAGUUUAAGACUAUCAACGAUCGUCGUCGCCUUUAUAAGGACGUUCAGUGAAGAUAUAAAAUUGACUGAACACACCAUUCCAAAGGGAGCUAGUGUGAUGGUGAGUGUUAUAGGACUUCAUUUUGACCCUGAGGUUUACCCAGAUCCUUAUGAGUUCAAACCAGAACGGUUCACUCCAGAAAACUCAGCAAAAAGGCAUCCAUAUUCAUUCCUACCAUUCAGUGGUGGUCCACGAAACUGUAUAGGAAAGCAGUAUGCAAUGAUCUCUAUGAAGAUAAUGUUGGCUUACAUAUUGAGAAAAUAUAAGGUGCAUGCGAGAGAUAAUCUUUCAGAUCUAAGAUACUUUUUUGCAAUUGCUCUCAGAUCUAUUGACGGCUACAAAAUAAGCUUAGAGAGAAGAAAUAAAUAAAUCCAAAAUCAAUAACUGUUUAUUUUAGAAAUGGCUUUAAAUACAUUAAA